GGAGCAUUAUAAUUGUUGUCUCCCGAUAUAGUAAUAACGACAUGGAGCUCUUAGCAGAGGAGCUAGAAUUCACGGUGGAGGAUGUACGUUAGGUAUCUCAUCCAUAAACACCACAUCAGUAGCCUUACAUGGUUUGUUUCCAGUAUCGAAUGACUUUGACGACAGCGCGCUACGAAACGGAAUAUGACAGAGUUCUUGCGCGCACAGCACAGCUUCUCGACACUGAGCACAACCGAAUUCAAUGUAUGGAACAGCUGCUUCUCCAAAUUGAAAACGAAAGUCUUCGUUUACGCUUGGACCAAAAGAACCAGGAGUUGGUUCGCGUGAUAAAGGCAGAAUCCGAUACCCGUCUCCAACUUGUUGAUACGAGCAAAGAGCUGGAUCGACUGCAAGGCGUCAUUCAAGUAUCGUCCCGUGAAAUAGACAAUUUACAUCGCGAACUGGCAUCAUCCGAUGGUGCAUCGCUUCAGUCUAAGACGCUCCAAGUGGAAAAUAUUCGCCUUUCCAAAGACCUAUCGAACGCACAAUUGGAAGUUGAGAGACUGAAUUCUCAGAAUACCUCUUACCAGACCCUUCUCGGAGAGAAACAAGCUCUGACCCGACAGCUCAACACACUUGAAGUACAAUUGGAGAAUGAGAAGCGUGCACAUGAACGGACGUUGGCUAAAGGAUCGCAACAAAUGGAAGAAAUUUCGAGCCUAAGUUCAAAGCUUGAGGAAAUACGGCGAGAGCUAGAAAUAACACGUCGGCAAAAGGGUGCCGGUCAUCUAAAUAAUCGUGAAAUAGUGGCUCAGCAGAUGACCACUGAUGACACAGUUGAAGGUGUGAGGAAAAAGGCUGUGCCCCUCGAAGGUCGACAUGAGGAAGCUUCACAAGAUUACCAGGGACGACAGGAGGCCUGGGGCAUCGGUAAACAGAAAAGCUUCACUGGGAAAACCAGCGUUGUUCCGCUUCAAAAGCCUGCAACCCGGCCACAGUCUGAGUUAACUAUUGCAACCCCUGGAGCUGUCCAGGCCCAAGAACAACAGAAGCGACACACUACAUUGCCUGGUGCGAUAUCGUCGUUUUCAAUCACACCAUUUUUAAAUCGCACAACCGGGCUUCAAGACUCGACCAUGAGUUCCGACGACGAACUAGACGAACUCCAAACAGUCGGUCAAAACAUUCAACAGAUCGAUCUACCUGGCGGCAAUGAACAGUCACAAAGGGCCACCACCCAAUUUCUUCAGCUCAAAUCGCCGGUCGCGAGACAGAUCUAUAAAACAGGAAAUCAAGGCGCCAGCAAGACAGGUCAAGAAGGGAAAGGAAGAAACGGAAAAAAGCCGAGACUCUUGGAUAGCCCUCCAACGGGCGAUGUUGAUGGCCAUGCCAUUUUCCAAUCUCGUCUCGCCGGUCAAAAACCAGCCCCUAGUAGGAAACGUAAAUUAGGUCUUCAACGUGAUCGGAGCUUAUUUGAGGAGGAAGAGGAAGAAGACAUGAUUGCUUUACAGGAUACUAAGAAGCCUGGACGAAAGCUUGCCGGCACGGGGCAAACGAACGUAUCUGGAAAUCGUGUAUUCACAAGCCUUGGGGGAUUUUCACCUUUGAAGCGAGACAAAAAACGACCAUAGGUCCUUGUGAACACACAUCACACUCAAGCAUGGGUUUUUUUUCUUCUUCUGUUUUCCAAGUAGUUUUUGAACGAACUGAUCCCAGAGAGUGUAGGAGGUAAAUCUUGCAAAACCAAAAGAACUUUAGAAAAUCUUUAAUGAUGCCAUAAGGUUGACAAUAACUCGAGAUGUUGUUGUUCUUGAGUAUUUGUAUACUAAAGGCAGAUCAAACCUGUUCUUGGGUAUCGAACA